CCACAAAACAAUGUAACAUUAAAACAAUUGUUUGUUUGUUUUUCUUCGAAAUUUGAAAUUAUUAUUUUUUGUUUACUUGAGUAUAUUUUAUUUUAAGUACAAAACAGUGUUUAGAAUUCAAUUAAAAUGUCCAUUCAAGUGGAAAACAAUUUGAAAGAUACGGAGAACGAUAAUAUAUUUAAUCAGAGCGUACAUUUUAUGCCUUGCAAGGUGGAGGAAGACGGGCCGGCAAAUGUUCGCAAAUAUUUCGAGCCGUAUAUUAAAGAAGACGAAAAUGGAGAUUUAUCUGCAACUUUCCGGGGACGCCAACUCGAUGGCGUUAAGAUGGCACUGCCAGAUGGUUACAGAGCAGUUGUGAUCACUGAAGCGAAGAGGCCACUCACAGAAAAUGCAGAUAGAAGAUUUCAGGUAGCUGGUGGCUUCACAGGCAUGACUCACUGGAAUUGGGAUAAGAAACCUUCCAAGAAUGAUAACCUCGUGAAAGCAUUAGACUGGGUGGAUAUUGCUGAAGCUAUACAUGGAGACUGAAAUUUGGAAGGUUAGAAUAAGUUACGUGCUAUUCAAAUCAAAUAAAAAAUAAUUUAUUCAUGUAGGAUAUUUUA